GUAGUCCAUUUCCUCCCAGCUUCCGGUCUACACAACUUGUUUACAAACAUUUGAUGUCGCGUGGGCUGUCACAGCAGAGUUGGAAAAGAGGAAUUGUUCGGAUAAAUCCAUCGAAUUGAUACCACUACACUAUGCCUCUGAAUGUAGUGUUUUGCUGUGGUCCGCCAAGGGUUGUUGAUACAACGUACAAACUAAAAGGACACGAGUUAUUGAAACAGUGGGAUGCGAAGCAAAGUGAUGGAAGUGGAUUUUACAUCUUGUGCAAUGGACGGAAGGUUGAUGAGAACAGUCUCCUGGAUGAUGAGAAGACUUACCACAUUGUCCCGCGAGUCUUGGGAGGAAAAGGAGGCUUUGGAUCCAUGCUCAGAGCUAUUGGUGCCCAAAUCGAAAAGACAACGAGCAGAGAGGCUUGCCGGGAUCUCAGCGGCCGUCGGAUGAGGGAUAUCAACAAUGAAAAAAAAUUGAAGGAGUGGUUGGCCAAAGAGGCAGAACGAGAGAAGGAGAAGGAAGAGCGCCGACAGGAGCGCCUGGCACGCCACCUGAAUCGUGGACAGCACAAGUUUGACGACCCCGAGUACCACGAGCAGCGCGCCAAGGUGCAGGAGGAUCUGCAGGACGCCUUGCACACCGGUUUGAAAAGAGCCCAUAAAAAAGGAGAAUCCAGCUCAUCAGGGCCUGCCAAGAAGUCGAAGGUUUCUAAGAGCUCCAAGGAAUGGCUUGGUAUGGACAUAGAUUCGGACGACCUUGACAGUGAGUCGGACACAGAGGCCCGUCCUGGCAGUCCCAGCCUCGACAACGGCGCGUCUACGUCCAAGGUCGCUCCCGUGGAGGUGAAGUCUGAGCCAGGGGAGAACUCGUCGGCCGCGUCUCGGGUCUCUUCCAGCACCUCAGAACACGGCGACCCCGCCUCUCUCCAGCAAAGUCCUGUGUCGGGUUCAGAUCAGAUUGCUGGUUCUUCAGACUCAAACUCUCCACCACCCGUGGCAGAAGUGAAAACAGAACCUGAUGGUGGCGAUGGAGGAAGUGAGGACAAGCCACACCCCCACUCUCUUCUGUCCCAGUUACCCCCACCGUCCUCCUCCCCCAAUGUUGCCGAUAGAAAACCCGACGACCUCGCCUCGUCCGCUGCCGUUGGUGACUCCGCGGAAGCGAUUGACCCCAACACACCUGUUGACCUUGAACUUUACGCCAGCGAGAAGGAGCUGGCAGCGUUGGGUCUGGAGCGUCUGAAAUGUGCUCUCAUGUCGCGAGGGAUCAAGUGUGGGGGCACACUGGAGGAACGGGCGGCCAGGCUUUUCUCCGUGCGCGGUUUGUCCACAGAGGAGAUUGAUCCGUGGCUGUUUGCCAAGUCCAAGGGCAAGGGGAAAAAGAGCAAAUAGACUUUGGUGGGAUCCGUGAAGAAUGAGCUCGUGUAUCGUCAGGGUGGGAUCCGUGAAGAAUGAGCUCGUGUAUCGUCAGGGUGGGAUCCAUGAAGAAUGAGCUCGUGUAUCGUCAGGGUGGGAUCCGUGAAGAAUGAGCUUGUGUAUCGUCAGGGUGGGAUCCGUGAAGAAUGAGCUCGUGUAUCGUCAGGGUGGGAUCCAUGAAGAAUGAGCUCGUGUAUCGUCAGGGUGGGAUCCGUGAAGAAUGAGCUCGUGUAUCGUCAGGGUGGGAUCCGUGAAGAAUGAGCUCGUGUAUCGUCAGGGUGGGAUCCGUGAAGAAUGAGCUCGUGUAUCGUCAGGGUGGGAUCCGUGAAGAAUGAGCUUGUGUAUCGUCAGGGUGGGGUCCAUGAAGAAUGAGCUCGUGUAUCGUCAGGCUGGGAUCCAUGAAGAAUGAGCUCGUGUAUCGUCAGGGUGGGAUCCAUGAAGAAUGAGCUCGUGUAUCGUCAGGGUGGGAUCCAUGAAGAAUGAGCUCGUGUAUCAUCAGUCAGCCUUCUGUUCACAUUCAUUAAGCCCAAAAUUUUUAAUUAAAAAAAAAAAAAUUGCAGUUUCUUAACCCUAUCCGUAAGUCAAGUUUUACUAUCGUAUCCAUACAAUGUGGGGAACUCUGUGCCACCACUUUCCAAAGAGGAAAUUUACUCGUUAAUCCGAUCCGUACGCUUUGCACAGCAGUCGGUCAGAAUGAUUUUUUGAGAAUUAAUACUGAAACGUUUCGAAGAGAUCUUCGUACUAGAAGCAUUCUAAAAUGUGAAGAAUACAACCCCGGGGGGUACAAAAUGACCCCAGGGCGUACGGAUAGGGUUAAAUCAGUGGUAUGGGUUGAAUGUACUGAAUAAUUUUUUUGCUGUAAAUCUCAUUCAAUUUCUAAAUGUUGAAAAAAGUAAGGAGAUAUACAUUGUCAUUAGCCUGAUGAAGGUAAAAUCCCUCUAAAGGAACGAAACAGUUUUCUGUUUUUCUAUUGGCUGAGAAAUGUUUCUUUCUGGGCUCAGUACAUGUGAACAGCUUGCUGACUUUCUGCUGGUUUUUAUGUAAAUAAAUUGUGGGAAAAAAUC